AUGCUACUGGCGUUCGUGGUUGCCUUCGUUGUGACUCUACACCCUCGAAUGUGUUACAGCGCACAGAAGUGGGAUCACAAAAAGCCUAUAGUCACUGCCUUUGGAGAUAGAAAUGGACACAAUUAUCUGUUUCGUGUUAGCCUUAAUGAGAUCUCAUUCGCGCAGUACCCGGUAAACAACUUCUAUAAGAAUGAUGCCUGCGUGUCGUUCCCGACAUUACGAGGGACAGUACAGACUUGCGAUAAAUAUUUUCUGCUUGUGGAUGACUGGUACAAAUUUGAUAGAAAAACUUGGGAUAAGGGAUUCAACAAUGCCGCCUGCACGAUACUGCAGUUUCACACGUCCGUGUUGGUUUUCAUAAAAUAUGAUGUGAUAAAGGACACGAGUCCGAAGUUCGUUGGGACGUACUCUACCACACGAGACAAGCUCUACUACUUUGGCAAGGACAACAAAAUGAUAAUAAUAACGAACUUCAGCAAAAGAAUCGAUAGAAAAAUCAUGUCGCCCACCAAGUACGAAGUUAUUUGUGCUGUAGAGAGAAAGUGGCCGUAG